AUGAGCCCAAAGCACGGGGCACUCAGGGGUGACACGCGCGACGGCGCGUAUGCGGAAGCAGCCCCUGCCACUGGUCACGAAAGGGUCAGUGAGCAUGAAGAUUAUGAAGAGAAGAGCAAGCAAGGUGUUGUCCAUGCGGUGGACAAUGCUGUCACCAGGAGUGACGACGCGUCAGAACUCCUGGUGUUGAUGAGAGGAAUAACCGGACGUCUGGAUAGGCUUGAGGAGUCACAGACAAGGUUGAUAAAAGCUGAGGAAGGGCGUGGAAGACAUAGGGACGCGCCUAUGACUCCGCCUAGACAUUCAAGUUUGUUUGUUUCGGCUUUGGGAAGUGGAACAAGAAUGCACAUGGACAACUUGGAAGGGUCCAAUGGUGCGCCGGUAUUUACUCCGAGGAGACCGGUUGAAGGGCAGAUGUCGUUUGGUGCUGGACAGCCCGAAUAUAAUGGACCCAGCCAGGACGUUCGCGGUCAAGUUGCACCAGGACUUGGAAUUCCUGAUAUGUUGCCCCAAGCUGGAGGACAUGGGUACAUGCAACAUCCCGACUUAAAUGGAUACGGUCAUGCACAAGGAAAUAUAUUUCAAGUGCGAUAUCCUGAUGCAAGGCAAAAGAAGCUCGGCAUUCGGCCUUUUGAUGGAAGCGAACUGUAUGAAGGACUUGGUUCUGGAUUCUUGGAGUGGGGUCGGAGAUUCGAGCGACAAAUUUCUUUGGCGCAGUCAUCUUGUGGAUUUGAAUGGCCUGAAGAUGUGAAAGUGGAUUUGCUUGGUUUGUAUCUCUCUGGGACUGCAGAGAGAUACUAUAACAGACAAGUUGCGAUGUGGUGGAGUCAAUUACCCACUUUGCAGUACGUAAUGGAGAAAAUGCUUGAAGCAUUCAAGACAAGUAUAACACCGGCCCAAGCGAUGAAACUUUUUACGCAACGUAAGAACCCGAACCGUAGUUGGCCAGAACAUUACAUGUAUUUGGCGGCAAUUUCCGAAGUUUGUGGAAACGGUGGUGAUUAUUUGGUUCUGGACAAUAUUGUGCAAUACGCCUCUGAGGCUAUGCGAACAAUUUUACUGGCAAAAGUUGAUCACACGAGAACGGACUACCUGGUACAAGCAGAACAGCUCGCUCACUUUGCGCAAGCGUAUGAGUUACACACUGGGAGAGAAAGAACUCUCGGGCAAGAAAAAGUGAGCACAAGAGAAGUCGUUAAUUCUGUUUCCGAUCGACAACGCAAGGAAACGCGUAAAUGUCACUUUUGUCACGAAGUUGGACAUUUGCAGGGAGCGUGUCCGAAACGCAAGCGACCACAAGGACCUCGAACAAAUUUGUCGCUUGCUGUGAAUGAAGUCUCAAGUCAACAAGACGAUGUCUGGAUCUUGGAUAGCGGAUCCAGUAGACACUUGGUCAGUGAUGAGUUGUGGCUUCACAACGUCGAGUCGUGUGAAGGGGUUUGUCAUCAACCCGAUGGACAGCCGCUUCUUAUAAGCAAAAGAGGCACUGUGACAAUUAACGUCUUGGCUUGUGGAGUUGAGCGUGUGCUGACUCUUACAGAUGUAUACUUUGCUGAGGGUGUGAAGCAUAAUUUAAUUUCGUAUGGAAUCUUGGACCGAAAGGGUUACACACUUGGAUACAAUGGAAAUCAACGUGUUAUAUCCAAUACAGUUACUGGAGCUGUGGCUUUUGAUGUUCAAUUGGUUGGUAACGUUCUUGUGGUGCCGUGUCGAGUGAUGGAUAACGAUGUUGAACCGGUUGGAGUAAUUAUGGCGGUCUUGGGUGAAGAAGCAAGUGUCCAAGUGUCUUCCGCUGUCCAAAAAGGCAGUUUAAUGAACUUUCACAAGCGUUUUGGCCAUUUAAACUACGAAACGAUAAUAAAAUUGGCUACAGAUCCUUAUUGUGAUUUUUUGCUUACGGACAAGCGUCGCGACUUUUGUUACACUUGCUCACAAGGCAAACAGACCAAGAACAAACAGCAAAGGCACGACUCUGGGCAACACUCACCUAUUGACAGGGUUGGAGGUGUUAUUUGUUCGGACAUCAAGGGCCCGAUGACUCCAAAGGAUCGGCUAAAUAAUCGCUAUAUGAUCAACUUCGUUGAUCAUAAGAGCAAUUAUUGUCGUGUAUUUCUUGCUCGCACUAAAGACGCUGCAGCAAAGAAAUUUAAAGAUUUUCUGAUUUUUUUCGAGAAAAAUUUUAAUUGUCGUGUGCACGUUCUUCGCACGGACUCAGGAGGAGAGUACCAGAAUGUAGAUUUAUUCUGCAAGAAGUCGGGCGUUGCAAGACAGCGAAGUGAAGCAAGAAACCAAGCCAGCAAUGGAAAGGCUGAGCGCAUGCAUCGGACCAUCAUGAAUAUGGCCCGUUGCAUGAUAUUUGCGUCAGGAUUGCCACUCAAUUUCUGGGGUGACGCGGUUGAAUAUGCUGCUUAUAUUUUGAACCGGGCCCCUACAAAUUCGAAUGCUGAGCGAAUGUCACCGAUGAAGGUGCUGACGGACCAGACCCCGUCGCUAGGUGAAAUUGUCGUUUUUGGAUCACCAUGUACAGUGUACAGAGAUCCUAAGAAGAAGAAUUUUGCUCCUAGAGGACAAAAGGGAUUAUCAUUGGCAUUGGUGAAGAAACCAAAGGGUAUCGUGUAUACCUGCCGAAGGAUAAAGUGGUUGUUGUCUCGCAGCAUGUUCAAAAUAUUGAGACACUGA